AUGCAACCAAUACGACAAUUAUUAACGACUGCAAUUCAACGACGUUUAAUACUUAUACGUCCUUCAUUGAGUGUACAACAAGUUCGUUAUGAUGGUAGUGAUCCAACAACAUCGAAUUAUAGAAAAAGUGGAAAACAAUCUGAUCCGAGCAAAGGUAGUGAUUUAAACAAAACGAAGAUUAGUGAUAAAAAACAAAGACCGAACACAGUUGAUGAUACAAAACAGCCAGGCACAAAAAGAGAGGAUUGGACUGAUCCAAAUAAAAUAACCAGUAACGAUCCACCUUAUGGAAAAGCCGGUGGCUCCACAGAUGCACAUGAUCCUAAUCGUGGAAAGAAACCAUAA